AUGGCGGCCGGAGUGGCGGCGUGGCUGCCGUUCGCGCGCGCGGCGGCCAUCGGCUGGAUGCCGGUGGCCAGCACGCCGAUGCCGGUGCCGCCGAAGCAGAAGCAGCGCGCGCAGGCCGGCCUCCUCGUGCUCAACGUGAGCGGCACCAAGUUCCAGACGUGGCGGGACACGCUGGAGCGGUACCCGGACACCUUGCUGGGCAGCACCGAGCGCGACUUCUUCUUCCAUGAGGAGACCAACGAGUACUUCUUCGACCGCGACCCGGACAUCUUCCGCCACAUCCUCAACUUCUACCGAACCGGGAAGCUGCACUACCCGCGGCACGAGUGCAUCUCCGCGUACGACGAGGAGCUGGCGUUCUUCGGCAUCAUCCCGGAGAUCAUCGGGGACUGCUGCUACGAGGACUACAAGGACCGGCGGCGCGAGAACCAGGAGCGCAUCCAGGACGACGAGGAAGCGGACCAAACCAACGACGUGGUGGCGGCGGAUCUGAGCUUCCGGGAGAGCAUGUGGCGCGCCUUCGAGAACCCGCACACCUCCACCAUGGCGCUGGUCUUCUACUACGUCACCGGCUUCUUCAUUGCGGUGUCGGUGCUCGCCAACGUGGGGGAGACGGUGCCGUGCGGCACCGCGCCGAACCGCGUCAAGGAGAUGUCGUGCGGCGAGCGUUACGCGCUGGCCUUCUUCUGCCUGGACACCGCGUGCGUCAUGAUCUUCACGGUGGAGUACCUGCUGCGCCUGCUCGCCGCGCCGAGCCGCUUCAAGUUCGUCAAGAGCGUCAUGAGCGUCAUCGACGUGGUGGCCAUCAUGCCAUACUACAUCGGCCUCGUCAUGACCGACAACGAGGACGUGAGCGGCGCCUUCGUCACGCUCCGGGUCUUCAGGGUCUUCCGGAUCUUCAAGUUCUCGCGGCACUCUGCGGGACUUCGCAUCCUGGGCUACACGCUGAAGAGCUGCGCAUCGGAGCUCGGCUUCCUGCUCUUCUCGCUCACCAUGGCCAUCAUCAUCUUCGCCACCGUCAUGUUCUACGCUGAGAAGGGCUCCAGCGCCAGCAAGUUCACCAGCAUCCCCGCCGCCUUCUGGUACACCAUUGUCACCAUGACAACGCUGGGGUACGGGGACAUGGUGCCAAAGACCAUCAUGGGGAAGAUCUUCGGCUCCAUCUGCUCUCUGAGCGGCGUGCUGGUCAUCGCGCUGCCCGUCCCCGUCAUCGUCUCCAACUUCAGCCGCAUCUACCACCAAAGCCAGAGAGCUGAGAAGAGACGAGCGCAGAAGGCAUCCAAAGAAGCAGGACAGGCGCUGGUGUGUAAGGCCAAUCCUAACUUCGACCUGCAUCAUAAUCACCUUCUGCACUGUUUGGAGAAGACCACGAACCAUGAGUUUGUGGAUGAGAAGACGUACGAGGCGGGCUUCAGGGAGAUAACUCUGGUGAAGCAGGUGUCUCACUCUUCCUCCAUCUCCUCCUCUUCCUCACCCCACGGCUUCACCUCCUGCUGCUCCCGCAAGAAGAGGAAGACCUUCAACGUCCCCAACUCCAACAUGUCUGUGGGUCUUCAUGGCAGCAUCCAGGAGCUGAGCACCAUCCAGAUCAGGGAGAGACCACUCGCCAACAGUCGAUCCAGUCUGAACGCCAAAUUUGAGGAGACUGUUCCUCUGAACUGUGACCAGUCAUACAUCACCGCCGCAGUCAUCAGCACGCCCUCACCGCCCAGCACCACACCCGAAGGCAACGACUCAUCCAGCUCCAUCGACUAUUCCCAGACCAACAUCGUCCGGGUGUCCGCGCUCUAGAUAAUACCGUCCCCCUCCAACAUGGAAACACAAUCAGCCAGCAGGAGGAUGACGGGGGUCAGGCAUCAGGGGUCGGGAGUCGACGGCCCCGCACCACUACAGAUUCAGAGGGCGGGGGUUUGGAUCAAGUGUCCACGAUGGAAGUCGGGUUAGCUUGAUUAUUUCAAACCUCUCAUGGAGGAUUUCUAUAUGCACCAAAACUCAGCUAACCCACCUUG